UUCGUUUUACGUAUAGAAUACAUUGAGUUGAAUAAGGAGAACAUGGUUGGGAGUAAAGACGGGAGUUAAGACCCUCCAGUUUCUUAAGACCUAUGAGCUGAGGCGUUUGUCAAGAAUCUCACAAAAUGGCAACAGUAUUAGAUCAAAUUUCUCUGAAUGAAAAGAAGAUUCAAGAAAUCAUCAAGAAAACAAAGGAGCAUGCAUUAUUACACGGUGUACUAAUGCGGACAGCAGAAUCACCAGGCAAUUCAGAGACAGUGCAAUAUGCUCCGUUUACUCUUUUUCCGUCGCUGGUACCACGAGAGGCUCUAGCCAAGGUGAAGGCCAUACAACCACAUUUCAACAAACUGAUGCACAUGGUGGCACAUGACUUUGAAUUCCUAGAAAAAUGUUUGAGCAAUGUAGUAAAAGUUGACGACUUUAAUAAGCGCCUGUGGGACAUUUUACAAGUGGUGACUGAGGAAGGUGUUACACAGCCUAUAAGCCUUGGUUUGUUCCGUAAUGACUUUAUGAUGGAUGUGAAACAGAGCAGUCCUAUUGACGCUUCAGCCCCAGCCUCAGUACCAGAAACUGUACAGAUGAAACAGAUAGAAUUUAACAUGAUAGCGGCUAGCUUUGCUGGUCUGGUAUCACCUCUCUUUAAUGUACAUCGGUACUCUCUAACACUUGCUGGGAAACAGUUUGAGGAUUCACAAGUACCUCCAAACAACCCUGCCAAUGGACUGGCCCAAGGAUUGGUCGAAGGAUGGAAGGCUUAUGGAAAUAAAAGAGCAUGUGUGCUGUUCCUAGUGUCGGAGCCGGAGCGGAACUCGCUUGAUCAGAGACGACUGGAUGUGGAAAUGUUUACAUGUGAUAGAUCUGUUCCUGUAAAAUAUGUCACUUUUAAAGACAUGUCAGAGCGAGGUAGUAAUAGGAUCAGCGACAAAGCAUUGGUCAUAGAUGGCUGUGAGGUCGCUGUCUUAUAUUUCCGUACUGGAUACACCCCAGAGGACUACAGAUCUGAUAAGGAUUGGGACACUCGACUGAUGAUCGAGCGGUCAAAGGCCAUCAAAUGUCCAAGCGUCCAAUAUCAGCUGGCCGGGACAAAGAAGGUCCAGCAGGAGCUUUGUUGUCCUGGAGCCGUGGAGAGGUUUAUUAAAGAUGGUGACGUAGCUCGAGACAUCAGGGAAACGUUUGCCUAUCAGUACAGUCUGGACAUGGGUGAAGAUGGUGAUAAGGCUAUAGAGAAGGCCUCUGCUGACCCUCAGAACUAUGUCCUUAAACCCAACAGGGAAGGUGGAGGAAACAAUAUAUAUGGCGAGGAUAUCAAACCUUUUCUUACCAAAAUAAAGGACUCCAAGGAAAGGGCAGGCUAUAUACUAAUGGAGAGAGUCCGACCAUGGCCACAGACAAAUUAUCUUCUCAAGGUCGGACUGGAAGUCAGCCUCCGAAAUAUUGUCAAUGAAAUUGGUAUUUACGGCGUUUAUCUUGGAACUGGGGACAAAGAGAUAUACAACAGUUUAGCUGGUCACUUGGUCCGGACAAAGACGGUAGACUCGGAUGAAGGUGGACUUAUGGUCGGAAUUUCCUGUCUGGACACGCCAUUCCUUAUAGACUGAUUAUUUUAGACACUAAAAUUACAGAGGAGUCUCACUAAUAUUAAUCCUACCAUCUUGGUUCCAUAAUCAAUGAGGCUGGAUUCUGAAACAUCUUUAAAUGUACAGAGCAGCUUUAAAAUAAUUAUUAAAGGAAAUUCUAAAAGACUGACUGGAUACAUAAUUUAUGUGGUACUGAUUAACUCAUUCACUUCUAAGGACACAUUUGAACUCUUUCAAAUCUAAAGGUGGAACGCUCAUUAUGAAAUUUAAGGGGUGAAUGAGUUAACUUCACAUUACUUACUUUGAAUUGAAUAGAUAAAUUCACAGAGAGAUAUAUUAAACUGUUAUAAGAUCUGAGAGUGAGUGAAUUAUCGUCUGUGAGACAGUAUUCAUGAUUUCAUGAAUAUUCAUAAACAAUUCAUGAAUAUUCAAUUCAUCAAUACAGAUGGUUUGGAGUUCAUGAAUAUAAUCAUAGUUGGAUUAUGAAUAAUUAUUCAUGAACACUCAUCAAAAAACUCUUUUUAAAGUUGUAUAGCAAAUAUCAUGAACUUGGUAGUCUCGUUCAACCAGACGCUUGAUCACUUGUAAUUCAAGAGUCUGGUCAAACGCAGUACUUUAGAAUUACCACCACCAGAGGGCAGUGUUUUUACUUUCGUUUCCAGACGCUAUGUCAACGCCAUUAGAACAUAAAUUGAAUGAAAAAACUUACCUGUACAUGCAUUCCUGAAGUAUCCGUGUAUUCACUAUUAUCGAGAACAAUUUAAG